AUGGCGGCUAUGGUAUCUCGUGCUGUCCUGCUCAUCGGCGUCGUCCUCCAGCUGACGGCGCAGAUGUGCGGGUGCAUGGCGUACGUCGGCCGUGGCGACGGUUUCAGCGUGGAGCUCAUCCAUCGUGACUACUCCGUCAAGUCGCCGUUCUACGACCCGUCGCUCUCCCAGCAUGGCCGCAUGCUAGCAGCCGCGCGGCGUUCCACGGGGCGUGCCGCGGCACUGGCACGCUCGUACGCCACCGCCGGCAAUGGCUCUCCUGACGGCGGCGUGUCUGAGGUCAUCUCCAUCCCGCCGUACGACUUCCUCAUGUACAUCAACAUCGGGAUGCCGCCUACACGGAUGCUCGCCUUCGCCGACACCGGCAGCGACCUCCUGUGGGUCAAAUGCAGCAACGGCACCGCCGAUGAUCUUCCCAAAGCCACCGCCGGCUCCGGGGGACCGCCACCCACGGUCGUGUUCAACCCGUCCAACUCGUCGACGUUCGGCCGCGUGGACUGCCAGUCCGGCACGUGCAAGGCGUUCACCGGUACCGGCGUCUCCUGCGACGGUAAAUCCAACUGCAAGUACCUCUACUCCUACUUCGACGGCUCCCAGACUAGCGGCGUCCUCUCCACCGAGACCUUGACCUUCGACGACGCCCCAGGCGGCUGCAUCGGGUGCCGCCACCGUCAGCAGCUGCAAGUGGCCAGGUUCAACUUCGGCUGCUCCACGUCCACGAAAGGCUCGUUCACCGGUGAUGGCCUCGUUGGUCUCGGCGACGGAAACUUCUCCCUCGCCAACCAGCUCGGUGCCGCCACGUCGCUCGGCCGGAGGUUCUCCUACUGCCUCGUGCCGUCCUUCGUGAACACCCCGUCGACCCUCAACUUCGGCGCUCGGGCCGCCGUGACGGAGCCAGGCGCAGCAACCACGCUGCUGAUCCAUUCCGACGUCGACGCAUACCUCACAAUUGCGCUCGAGUCGGUCAGGAUCGGGGACAGGAGCUUCACCUUGGCGCAGCAGCCCCGCUUGGUGGUGGACACUGGUACCACGGUGACGUUACUUGACAAGGAGCUGCUGGACCCGAUGGUGGAGGAGCUGACCCGGAACAUCAAGCUCCGGCGGGUGAAGUCACCGGACGAGGAGAUGCCUAUUUGCUACGACGUGUCCGGGGUGGGGGAGACGGCGUUCGGGAAGAUCAUCCCGGAGGUGAAGCUGGGCCUGCGAGGCGGUGGGGUGGUGACGUUGAAGGCGGAGAACACAUUUGUGAUGCUGCACGAGGGGACGAUGUGCAUGGCGUUAAAGGAGGUCUCGAAGGAAGAUGGGGGCAUGGUCAUGGGGAACAUUGCCCAGCAGAACAUGCACAUCGGGAUCGACCUCGACAAGCGCACCGCCACCUUCGCCAACCUAGACUGUGCUACCUCCUAUCCCUGGCCCUCCCCUCCGGCCUCUCUGUAGCAGCUGCUUCUUUUAGUUUUAGGUGAGCAAAUGUGUUACUUUCCUCCAUGCAAAAAUAAUAAUAAAAUGUGUUACUUUCCUUGUGUAGUCGCAUAAAGAUGUUACACGUGCAAGAUAAAACUGCUUGCUAAACCAAUUCGAAUACUGCCUAGCUACAUUUCGUACUAUACAAACCAA